CCUCCACCCGCACAAAAACAUUGUCACUUGAAUUGAAUGUGAUCUCAAUGUAGCUCUCGCUAAAUCCAAGAAAUUUAAUAGCUAUGACCUACGACGAGCGAAGUAGUGAUGGCAGCAGCUCCAGCGAAACGCAGGACUCUUACGCACACCUACUGUCCCCUAAACCGGGCCAAUCCCAGACACCGGCCACCGCGAUGCCGAAGCAUAUUCCUUUUCCGGAGCACGCCACCACAUCCGAGUGGCUCAGUGAACUCAUAAUGUGCGCAUUUACCAUGGGCUCUGCCAUCGUACAGUUCAUCAACAUUUACAGGACUAACUGGUGGCUACCACAGGCUCACACUCGGCACAUGGUGAACAUCGAGCUCAUCGAUCCUUAUCUACGUUAUCUCCUCCUCAUACUCAACACGCGAAGACUGAUUUACUGCUUGCUGCUGGUAAAGGUUAAGAAGGGCAGUGAGAAGAGCCGACAUUUUAUCCGGCUGGGCAUAAAGUACGGAUUUGGAGGUAUAGUGCAGCUGGCCCUGAGUUUCUGCGCUAUGAAGCUGUACCAGCAGCACUCCUAUAUUCUACUUCUCUUCCUGUCGUAUCCAGUUGUCAUCUAUCUGCUGAUCUUCGGCUUCCAGCUAGAGCCCUUCCUGCGCACCAGGUUUGAGCUGCCUGGCGUGUAUAUCAACGAUCUCCCCGUCCACAGCUGUACCACCAACCCGGUGAACAUUCGGGACGAAGUGGAGACACUGCGUCAUGACUUUAACAAGCGCUUCAAGCAGCUCAUUUUCACAUCCAUGCUCAAUGCAUACUACAGCGGCCUGGUGCCCUGCUGUUUGGCCGUCAGCGUUCAAUAUAAUGUACUCCGCGCUGCCCAGCACUGCAUUAUCGUUUGCUUGGGCGCCUUUAGUCUAUGUGCCGUAUUCCUAUAUCCUGCUAAGUACAGUGAUACUUUGCAUCGAGCUACUUUGCAUUUAGGCUGCUGGCAACGAAUCGACCGGGAACCUGCACCUUCGCAAUUGAUAGUCGCCGCCAGUGCUCUCACCUGGUCGAAAUACUCCUCCUACAACCAUGGCACUGUGGUAAAGCACAACGGUGGCCUCUACCGAAGUCAGGGCGUAGUCACGGUGGCCACACCGGGAAACGCCAGCCAUGCACGAUUCUAUAAACUCUUCCACAAUCCCACUAUUAUCUACUCUACAUUGGCUAUACUUCAGGCUGCCGUUUUGCUGGUUGAGAUUGGAUCUCUAAGUGCCGAGAGCGUUGAAUGGCACUUUGUGCUCUCUAUUAGCUUCGUGGCCUUCACCAGCAUGGGAGCCUUUUUUAAGCUAGUCCGUGACUACCUUAUCACCAAGGACCUUUACAAGACGGAGCACGCAGUGACACCUGAUCAACCCUUUCGACUACGCAUGAGAGAUGCAUUUAUGUAAUAACAUCACAAAGAACAA